UAUGAUUCAGUCUCUUUUCCUAGAGGAAGAUAGAAAAAAAUUGCAAAUCCUCCGGCAUCGAGUUUUGAUGUCGUCUUUGAUCAUUCUGGAGGAUAUAAUUCGGUCCUGAGCAGAUACCGAAUUCACAUCUCAGUUCUGGGAAUCUAAUGUUUGCUAGAUAGGUGCGUCUGUCCAUGUCAAUACUGUGUGGCGUUCCCAUCCUUGAAUGCGUAUACUGCUUGGGUUGUGCCCAUUGGGUGUGGAGGAAAUGCCUCUACACUGCAGGUCACGAGAGCGAGAACUGGGGAUUAUCCACAGCAGAAGAGUUCGAACCAGUUCCCAGGCUCUGCCGCUUAAUCCUGGCCGUCUACGAAGAUGAUCUUCAUAAUCCCCUCUGGGCCCCUCCCAGCGGUUAUGGCAUUGAUCCCGACCAGGUUGUCCUGAGAAAACACUACGACCAGACACAAGGCCGCGUCACGCCUUACAUGAUACACUUGGACCAUGACAAUGGCGAUGUAGUGUUGGCCGUAAGGGGCCUCAACUUGGCCAAAGAGAGUGAUUACGCCGUUCUGCUUGAUAACAAACUUGGGCAGACCAAGUUUGACGGUGGGUAUGUUCACAAUGGGUUACUGAAGGCAGCCAUGUGGAUUUUCGAGGAGGAGCACGAAGUUCUACUCAAGUUACUCGAGGAAAACCCGGGUUAUUCCUUGACGUUUGCUGGCCAUUCCUUAGGUGCUGGGGUCGUAUCUUUGCUGGUUUUGGUUGUGGUUCAGAACCGGGAUAGGUUGGGGAAUAUAGAGAGGGAGAGGAUAAGAUGCUUCGCUAUUGCUCCUCCGAGGUGUAUGUCUCUUAAUCUAGCUGUGAGAUACGCAGAUAUCAUAAACUCUGUCGUUCUACAGGAUGAUUUCUUGCCUCGGACAACCACAGCUCUGGAGGAUGUCUUCAAGUCAAUUAUCUGCUUGCCAUGUCUGUUGUGCAUUACGUGUUUGAAGGAUACUUUCACAUUUGAGGAGAAGAAGCUUAAAGAUCCCAGGCGGCUUUAUGCUCCUGGUAGGUUAUACCAUAUCGUGGAGCGGAAGCCCUUAAGAUUAGGAAGAUUUCCUCCUGUUGUGAGGACGGCUGUGCCAGUUGACGGUAGAUUUGAGCAGAUAGUUCUCUCCUGCAACGCAACUUCUGAUCAUGGCAUCAUUUGGGUCGAAAGGGAAUCACAGAGGGCUCUUGAUUUGAUGCUGGAAAAGGAUCGGAUGAUGCAGAUUCCAGCGGAGCAAAAAAUGGAACGUCAGCAUUCUGUUGUUGUUGAACACAGCGAAGAGUACAGAGCGGCGCUCAUGAAAGCUGCUGCUCUUGACAUACCUGUAUCUCAAUCACCACCAUCUUAUGGAACAUUCCACGAGCCAGAAGGGGAAAGCUCAGCAGGAUCAGGCAGAGAAGGCUGCUCCUCUUGGUCCUUGAUGAGUAUGAUAAGAAAAUGAGAUGACUUCAUAGAUCAACCAUUUUGUCCUGGAUAGUUGUAGAACUGGAAAACAUGAAGGCUUUAGGGGACAGGGCUGUUGUAGCUGUAAAUGUAGAGCAACAGGGAUGUUAGUGUAGUAGAUGAAAAAUCAUCAUUAUGAGGUUGAGAUUUAGUCAAGUAGAUUGAAAAUUCAUCAUCCUAGAGAUUGAGAUUUUUUUUUUACCCAAGUUAGAGAUUGAGUCUGGAUGUGAACUGUGAAGGUGAUCCUUUCACCAUAUGGGGAGAUGAUAAAAUAUUGUCCAGCUUUUUGCGCCACAUCCUGUGCAGUUGCUUGCAAUUCGUUU